CUUUCUUGACUUUCUACAUUAUUUUUUAUAAACAUGGGUCAGAAUCUUAAUGAGGCUCCUCCAGGUUCACGGUAAGAUGGUAGCUCUUUAUAAUACAAUAUGUAAAUUGAAAGGAUUUAUGGAAGUUCUCAUUGAUUUUGCUUGCUUCGAAUUGCAGGCUUACAAGAAUUGAGGCCGCAAGAAAAAUUGAGCAGUUUUGGUGCUCCUAUCGUGAUAAGCAAAUGUUCAAGCUGCUUAAAUACGCAAUAUGCGCAGCGGUAGGUUUUGGACUAAGAGAAAUGAUUUUUGAAGGCCUUAUACCAUUUGCCAAUGUGUGUAGUAGUUGAAGGUAAAGUGGCUGGUGUUGCACUACUGUAGCUAAGCUUGAAUGUUGUUUUUUUAUAGGAACAUUCUCUUACUUAUGAAGUGCUACGCAAAGUUUCCCCUCUUGAAGCAGAUCUAUUGAAAGAUCCUGUAGUUCAGGCUAGGGUAAGAUUCAGGUAAGUUUACUUGAAAGUGUUUUUGUAUGUACCUCCGGUAUGGGUUCACAAUAAUUGUGUUUCUUAAAAUAUUUAACACGCCAUUUUCACAAUUUUAAGGAUUACUUCCCUCCCACUGAACUUUCAUUGAGCAUUUGUCCCCUUUUGUUUGUGGUUUCCUUCCUUCCUCCCUCACCUCAUUUUUUAAUUUUUUCUGUUAUGGUAAAAGGAGACACUCCUGUUAUCAGGGUGUUCAUUAGGCACUGGAGAUCAGAGAAUUAUCCGUUUACCAUGCAGAAAUCUGCGGCUAACGUUCGGAAGCCUAUGACUAUUUUACAUUCAGACGUGGAUGUCAGCCUUUUUCAAAAUAUUCUCCUGUAAUGUAACACCUUUCUCCAGCUACUAGAAUUCUUUAUGUAAACCCCGUGUUAUAAGCAGUAAUGAGCAUCUUUAAGUAACUUAGGGCCUGUUUACAUGGAGGUGGGGGACCCCAGGUAGGUGAGGCAACCUGCUUAGACACGUGGGGUAACCCACUUGUCCAUACAAUCUCUCAGUUUAAUUUGAUCACGUUUGCAUGAUAGUUGGAGUGACCUGCCACAAGUUACCUCACCUAUCUGGGGUCCCCCACUUCCAUGUAAACAGGCCAUUAAUGUGUAUUAGCAUUGAUGCCUCUAUGUAUUGAUGAAAGACUGGACACUAGCAAAAGUACUGUAGGUGUUGUAAUUUUUUAGAUAAGUUCUGAUUGAUGGGAAGAACAAACUGUUAUAUUAUUUCCUUUUGUACAGAUUUGGAGGAGCAGAAUUCCCACCUAUCAUCAUGUUUAAGAUUUUUAUUCAUAGUGGUGGGCAAGGUGUUAAAUAUUACUGUGGUAAAAAAGCCAUCAAACCUGCAUCUGAGGUAUGUGAUGCUCUACACUGUAGUUUACCAACAAAAUACAGUUCAACCUCCAUUUAAGAAGCCACCCUCUAUUUAGUGGCCAGUUAUUAAAGUCCCAAAAUAAUUGUACAAAAGGUUGAGGACUUGAAUCUCUAUUAUUAAAGUGGCUACUGUCAUCUUUUAGCCACCCCAAGGAGAGUUUACCCAUUGUUCUCACCUCUAUUAAGCGACCAUCAACCUGUUGAUACACUGAUCUCCUCUUAGUCUGGCUUCAUUUCAAGAAUAUGAUGAAGGGAAAAACAGUCAGAAACAGAAGGUGGCAACUGAUCUUGCACGAGUGAUGCUGCUCUUGUCAGAUGUUUGUUUCAAAAUAAAGUAAUGUUUCUGCUCAAGAUUAUGCUAAUUUAUGAUGAACCUCCUUUGAGCGGGCAACCUCCAUUGAGCAGCCACUUUCUGGUACCCAGGGGUGCAGUAGCCGCUUAAUGGAGGUUCCGCUGUAAUCUUUAUGACCUAUGGCCCUUUUAUGUAUAGAUAGUGCAUACUGUAAUAGAUAUCAGAUAGAAAACAUAAUCAAAUUGGUUAUUAUAUUUCUUACAUACCUUCCCUUCUGUGGGUUAAUUUUAUCCUUUAAGUUUUCAUUCUCCUUUGUUUUGAAGUUCCGGUCUUAUAAUAGUGAAGCAAAGAAAUAUUCAAAAAUUUAUUGUGGUUUGAAAUAAGGUUAAAUAUUUUGACUUUUAAAUAGGCAGCAACUGACUCACUCAAACUCAUGGGAAAUAGGAAGUUUUAUGAUCAAAUAAUCGCUGACGUGUGCCAACAUGAAAAGGACAGGAUUACAGAUGAAAUUGAUGUGACAACAAUGAAGGACUACAUGCAGGUAUAUUGGAGGGCGUAAUGUGAUCAGAAAGAAUGAAUACAGUAAUGCAAGAACUUCACAGUAAAAUGAUGCAAUUGUAUAACAUCAACAUAGUUAUGUGCACCAUGUUAGAAAACAACAUUAAAUUUUUAUCGAUGUCUAAGUAGGAUUCAUUAUUCCUUUAAUUUGUUGUGAUAUUAUUACCCUGCUCUGCAGGGUUUUAACUAUAUUUUAAGUAGAUGGGAGCCUAAGGAUAAGUAGAAAGUUGCUUUGAGAGUUUUCCCAUUUUACAUGUUUUAAUAAAUGUAACAUUUAAUCAGUGGACUUUUGUUGACAUUUACGUUUCUUCUCAUUUAAGUACUUGAGCCAUUUGGAUGAGUGUCCUGCAGAAACAGGUGGAAAAUCUAACACAUGGAGAAGGCUGACACUUGAUGGUGUGUAUUUAAGUUUGGGUUCCUUCUGUAGGUGCUGAGGCACAGAUUACGUACAACAAAUGAAACAAUACAACUAAACAGUAAAACCCCCAGGAGAACUGAGACUAUUGUUUGGUUCCUUUGUUAAUCUGCAGAAAGACCCUAACUUUGAGAUAGGAUUUGUACCCACUGAUCACCACAUAAAAUGCCUUUGCUAAUCCAAGAAGUUUGGAGAAUGUAUUUCACAGAAUGACCCAGUGAAUGAUCAACAGACUGACUUGUAGCUUACUAUGGGUCUCUCCAUACUGUAGGUUGGUAGGAACACCUGACUAGUGUCUGCAGUUUUUUUCUUGAUCUCCCAAAAUAUAAGUUUAUAUUUAAAUAACUGGCCAUAAAUUCCUUUUUAUUAUUGUUAUUUUAUAGCUAUUCCACGGCAGAGCAUAGUACGUGAUAUCUUUGGAUUCGUUGAGUGUGGUGUUACGACUUCCCGACUAGCAGAGGAAUGUCCAGAUCUGUUGUCACUCAGACCUGCGACACAGGAAAUACAAGUUGCUAGCAUCAAAGCUAUACCUAUAUACAGGUAGGAGGAACUAUGAGUCCUUAAGUACGUUUUGAUCUCAUCUCAAUGGUGUGAUAAAAAAAUACCUGAAGGGUGGCUGGGGGGAGCACCUUGUUCAGAGGGUCCCCCCCCUACUGAGUGGAGGAAGUGAGGCGGGGGUACCAUCAUUAUUUUAUAAGGUAUAUACUAGGUAUGUGCUGCUGUGAAUGGUAGUGGUUUUUACGAAGUUUAGUCCAGGAAAAGGAAAUGGAAAUCAGAGUGUUUUGUUCCAGAAUGUUUAUGAUUUCUGGGGCCAGAUUCAUAUUCGGUGUAUACCUGACUCAUGUUAACCAUUGCAAAAUACUUUUUACAAUAUGAUAUUUAAUGUGAAGAAGGUUAAUAACAAAAUUAGUUAGGUUGGUAUAGAGGAACUUGUGUUGUCUUGUUUAAAAUGAAGGUCGAAGGGUUUAUUAAAACAGUACACCCUACUUUACUUGUGGCUUGAGUCACAUCAAAUAUUUAAAUUAUUGAGACACUGAUUUUAUUGUUAUUCACUUGUUAAUAGGAAGAAGCCUCCAAUAGACUACAACAAUCCAUCUCCCAUCAGGAGGUCGCGGCAAGCUAAAGCAAGAGUUGCUAAAAUGAGAAAAAUGUAUGGAAUGGAUUCACCUAAACUGGUGAGUUGGAAUUAGCUGAAAAUACGCUCUAAUAUUUUUGAUAGUUCAUUAUGAAGGCCUACAUGAAAGAUUUAACGUAAAUACUUAAUAAUAGACCUUUUAUGGCCCCUUAGUGUUAUUGAGAGGUCAAUUGUUGAAUUUUAGGUGCCAUCUCAAAAACCAAGUCCUAAAGGGACCAAACUGUGUAGAAAAAGUUGUUACAGUAGCAUGGGGGUCUAGGAGGGUGGUUUUGUGCUUACAUGCAGUUCCAUGUGCUCUCCACUUUAUGUGGUACAAACUGUUGCUGAAAAAAACUUGGUGAUGUCAGUCAAACCUCCACUAAAUAGCCACUUCCCUACAAUGGCCGCUAUUUUUUUAUACCAGUGGACCUCCCUACAAGGGCCACCUCUUUGUAACGGCCACUUUCUUCUUUCUUGUGUCCCCAAGGUGGUGGUUGUGGAGAGGCUCAACUGUAAUUUGUUAACAAAGGAAACUGUCAGAAUUCCUAAUCUCUGCAUUACUGUCAAAUUUUCCUGUAGAAUGAAAUGGAGGAAGGCAUGUCGCCAACAAUUCAACCAUCAGCAGAGAAUAUUUUUGAAGAUGAAGACUGGGAAGACCAAGCUGAUAAACUGUAUGAGUGGACACAGAAUUUAUCACUUGAUGACUUAGGAGUCACAUCACCCUAA